AGAAAAGACUUGGGAAGAAGAAUCACAGGAUUCCCUCUCUACCUUCCAAAAAUCUAAACAAACAGCAGCAGCAAUACUAAUCUCUCUGGGGUCUGGGGGCGUUUCUGUGUGUUCAUGGACUGAAGAAAGAAGUAAAUAACCAAGAAGAAGAAGUAAAGUACAGAACCUCAAGGAUGAGUUCUAAUGGAGAUGUGAAAGGCGCAAAGGGAGUUGAGGAAGAAAUAGAAUCACACAGUGGGAUGCCUGAUAAAGUUAAACCGAAGACAGCUCUUAACAUUUCAGUAUCCCGGACGGGGCUAUUAAAUGAGGAAAAAACACAAAAAGGGUUUUUGAAUGUCUUUAGAUCUCUGGGGUUUCUGAAUAUUAGUUCUUCCACACAAAGGUUGCUUUCGCCCUCAGUUAAGUUCCGGCAGAUUGCAGAGGGCAGAGAUGAUGUUUCACGUGCAGUUCCUUCUUCUACUAGUUUUAAAACUUUUCGAGAACGCUUCAGUAUGCACCUGUCUAAAGACAUGAAUUGGGAAUCUCUGAAGAAAAUAAGUAAAGAAUGGAUUAGAGACCCUAUGAACAUGGCGCUUUUUGUUUGGAUAUUAGUUGUUGCCGUAUCUGGUGCUAUUCUUGCCAUGGUUAUGUUAGGAAUGUUGAACCACGCAAUACCAAAGAAGUCAUCAAGAAAUGCGUGGUUUGAAGUGAACAAUCAAAUCCUGAAUGCCCUUUUCACUCUUAUGUGUUUGUAUCAGCACCCAAAGCGGUUUUACCACUUUGUGCUUUUAUGUAGAUGGAAGCCAGAAGAUAUUUCUAGACUCCGGAAGAUUUACUGCAAGGACGGUACUCGUAAACCGCACGAAUGGGCUCACAUGAUGCUUGUCGUGGUUCUGCUCAAUUUGAACUGUUUUGCGCAGUAUGCUUUGUGUAGCCUCAAUUUGGGAUACAGUAGAUCUGAUCGACCUGCCAUUGGGGUUGGUAUUACCAUAACGGUUGCUAUAGGAUCAGUUGCAUUUGCGGGAGUAUACACCAUAGUCAGCCCUCUUGGCAAGGACUACGAGUGCGAAACAGAUGUAGAAGCACAAAAUCAGCUCAUUGAAUCUCAGGGUGAUAAACCUAUCAUUGACAGAAGGAAAUCUCUUGAAAAGAGAUUCUCAUUUGCAGUAAGAGACGAUCAAAGGGUUGUUGAGAACAAUCCUGAGUGGAGUGGAGGACUCUUUGAUCUAUGGGAGGACAUUAAACUUGCAUAUCUCACCCUUUUCUGUAGUUUCUGUGUUUUCGGAUGGAACAUGGAAAGACUUGGUUUCGGUAAUAUGUAUGUUCACAUAGCAACUUUCAUUCUCUUUUGUACGGCUCCUUUCUUCAUCUUUUACCUGGCUGCGAUUAAUAUCCAUAAUGAUAUAGUCCAGCAAGUGAUGAGUUAUACUGGUAUCGUGCUUUGUGUGUUUGGUUUGCUCUACGGGGGCUUCUGGAGGAUUCAGAUGAGGAAGCGAUACAAAUUGCCUGCAAGUAACUUUUGUUGUCAUAGACCAGGAGUUACUGAUUGUAUGCAGUGGCUUUUCUGUUGUUGGUGCUCUCUGGCUCAGGAGGUAAGAACUGGGGAUCUCUAUGAUAUUGUGGAAGACAAAUUUUACAGAAAAGACACGAAUGGAGGUGAUCAAACAUUGCUGCCCCCUCUGGCUAGAGAGAGUGGAUCUGUUCACUCAAGAUUGAGCCAAGGAUCUCCACUUCGGAGCAGCUCUAGCCCAUCCAACCCUGGGGUGAUGAACUCCCCUAGCCCUAGUAGAUUUUCAAAUGAGAAUGAUGCGGCAAGUAGUUAUAUGCCUGUAUUGUUGGAAGGGUCUUCAACUGGAGAUGAAGACAGAACCAUGCAGCCCCCCUCUCCCUUAUCGAUUCGCCGUGAAAGUGAUAAACCUGGUUCAGGAACACCGUGACCUAUGUGGCCUUUAGUCUUCACGGAUUUGGGAAGUAGAUCCAAUAGUAAGUACUGGACUUCCAGUAAACAAAUUCGUCUUUUUAUAUCAUUUUGUAUUUCCACGAUUCCACUGUCUCUUCUUCCAUACAAUUCGAUAUAUAUACAUCUGUAGAUACUGUUGCAUUCUAUAUGGGGAGCAUUUUUUUUACACGGUUUCCAUACGUUAGGAAAGUGGAUGUGGUACUGCUGAAUUUCGAUUUUCUCUCAAAAACAUUGUAAAUUUCUGAGCAUA